CUCCCGUUAGUAUCAGUGGUGUGAUCAGACCGGAGUCCCAGCUGCUAACCCAGGCCCAGGCCGGCUGAGCGCUCUGUCCUGGACGGAGAUGGCCUUGGUGCUGGUCCCUGCCUUUUGCCUUCUGAGCGGUGCCUACGCCCAGGAGUGGAACGUGACACUCGCACCAGGGCCCCUUGGUAGAAGGGCUGGCUCCUGCGUGACCAUCCCCUGCAACUUCACCUACCCCGCAGGGUGGAACGUCAGUUCCGUGAGCUGGACACGGGACGGGGAUCAAAUCGUGUAUCACUCGGACGAGGCUCGUGUCCACACUGCCUUCAAGGGGCGCGCCCGCUAUCUGGGGGACCUGCAGCACAACUGCUCCCUGCGGGUGGUGGGGCUGAGCCCCAGCGAUCAGGGCACCUACCGCUUCCAGUUCGAAGCAGUGCGCAAUGGCAGCAGUGACAGACAGACGACUAGAGCAGAACAGCAGCUCAGUGUCUCUG